GAUGGGGAAGGCCCUCUCGUGCGCACACUGAAAAAAAUUAUUUCUGUUUGGUCUGGAAAAUGUUAAGUUUUCAAAAUUUUGACAAAAAAUACUUAGUGACUAGCUUUGAUGAACAAAAACGUUGGAACACAGAGAAAAUGAAGGAAAAUUUUGGUGUUUACGGACGCGCACGUCCAAGCCUAUGGACUGGGAACAAGACAAAACAGGCCUUGGAGGAACACGGAAUCUUUUUGUCUUCCAAGGAAAUCUGGACCAUAGGGUGGUCGGAGUAUUGAUGCAAUCGCUUAGAGCAUGUGAUAUUUGCACGAGGGUUUUGCUGAUACAAGAAGCUUGGAGUGAAUUCUUGCGCCGCCAUAUUGGUUAGCGGGAAAGAAAUUUUCAUUCGCCUCUAGGGUGGUGUAUUUGGUCGUAAAACUGACUGCGAUAUCAUUCCGAAGGAUUAAAACACCUCCAUCUUUACUUCUUGGUGUUUUGGUGUGGUGUGGAUAACGAUUCAGCAAGGAAUAUCAACGACGAAAAUUUGGCGUUUUUUGCAUAUAUCAACGUUGGUGUGUUCUUUUGCGAGAUUAGAACACGCACUACCAAGACGUGGCGGUCACGUGCUCAUCGCGCUAAAAAACGUUUUCUCUCCUACCCUUGAAUGAACUUUAAAAAGUUUGAAUUUUGGUUGAAUUUCGUCGUGUGUUUUAAUUUUUUUCAUUAUUUCCCUGUUGUAAGCAGUCGCGAAAAUGCUUUCAACGGGGCCCCAUUGCCAUCGGCAGUCAUUGUGAAGUGAAGUAUGGUAGAUGGCUCAAAUGGCUCCCGCUCUGACCGAGGCAACCGCAUCUCCGGAGUCCUCGAGAAAGAAUUCAGUGGAUCGUCACUGUUCUUCAACUUUACAAGGGGAACUUAAGCAAGAAACUUCGACUCUAGGGUUGGACUUAAAGUUGGUUUCCCAGAACGGACUUGUACGAUUGAUUAGCGACAAUAACAUUGCAGACAUUACAAAUACUAUCAAGCCUUCGGAGCAGAACACACCCAUAGUUUCACGACUCAACGGAGAUUUUAAGGGGAAAAGUGAGAUGCCAAACGGACACUGUGAUGAUAAACUGGAAAAGAGUGCCACUGAUAUGUCGAGCUACUCCGCUGCAACAGAAGAAAAGCGAAAUUCGUCCCUUGAUCUUUCGCGUACAUGUGCUUCAACGGCGAAGACUUCGGCUGCUACAUGCAAUACUGUUAGCGAAGAUGAAGAACGGAACCGAGUUUCGCAGCAUCCGGUUGCCAACUUAGAUUGUGGAAAGGCUAUUAUAACUCAAAGAACCACACAGGCGUUUCGACGUCAAGGAAAGCUGGACGGCCGGGCAAGAAGAAUUGAAACGCGCCUUCGCAAACUACAAGCGCGGCAACUGAGUGACCAUGUGCUUCAACAAUUGGAAAAUUUGGUGGAGAAGCGUAGUGAAUCGUGCGACUCAUCCAUCGCUCAUCUCGAACCAACAUGGAAUUCAGGAGUCAGUGCUUUUCCCGAAAGUAAAAGUGCGUCAAAUGUUUGUACGGAAAUAAAAGCAGAUCGCGCUGGCACAAAGUCGACAGUGCCUGGAAAUCUUGCCACCCGGGCGAAAAGCAACAACGGAACGUUUGUGGAUAACGUAGUGAAAGAGCUGGAGCGCAUUUCUGCUGAAUCAUUUAACGCCGGGGAAAAGAAUAUUCUGACAGAAUUGAGACAACAGGCGGAUGCCGUGAAUUCGGUGGAAAAUUGGAGUUCGCAAGUUGAAUUUUUGGAAAGCAUUCACGAUUCCGAUGUGACAGAAGGAAGUUCGGACGAAGAAAGCGACGAGGAAGGUGAAUCGAGGAAAACGAAACUACGUAGUAAACGGGCCAAAAUUCUAAGGAGGCAGUAUCACUUGGAAGAAGGAAUCAUUGCCUCUCACUGGUCUUGGCUUCAGUCACAGAUUAUAAAUGUUGAAAGGCAGAUCAGGCGCUAUGAUGAGCUAUUCAAAGGAGGGAGGAUGAGAAAAGGCAUGGUGAAACUCCAAGCUUGCACUGCAAAUGCAAAUGCAAAUGUAGCAAGAGGAAGUAAUGAUGUUGAUGGAAACAGUAUCAUCAAAGGCAUUAAAAACAAUGCUGUUUCGAUGUCUCUGGAGGUAGCGAAAUCUAAGCAGUAUGUGGAUCAUGGUAAAGAUUUACCCAAGGAUCCAGAGAAUCAUGUGCCUAAUGGCGUAAAACGACACCUUCUUGAUAGUUCACUGCUGAAGGAGGAGGAUGUCCCAGUGAAGCACUACAAGGCAGUCUUUGCAACAAACGACUCUACUGACAACAAAGUGUGUGGGUCUUUUUCCUCCACUUCAAAUGAUGUUUUUCCUCAGUGUGCAAGGACUAGAGGAGUGUAUCCUGUCAGGAAACGGCGCUUAGUGCAUUUAUCACACAUCCGACAAAAGCCCAAGCCCCAUUCAUUGCUCUGUGGCUGUGUAACUCCUACAACACCAUGUUUAAUAUGCUCAAAAUCUUCACGAACUUUACCAGUUGUCAGCUCCAGCCAGACUAUGGCGGAGAAGGUGGCUUCUUUGGAUGCUUCAUUCCACCCAGUCCUCUCUUUCUGCACAGAUAUACCUCUUCAGCUGCACUUUGGAGCGUUACUGAAGCGGGGUGGGUUUGAAAAGAGGACUAAACCACAAGUGUUGCGCAGUACUUCCCAGAUUGUUGAGAAAAAGAAAGUGCCUGUAGUAUCCAAAACGGGAAAGAGGCAUGGACAGCUGGCCAAGGGCACUGCGUCAUCUCUUUUGUCCUCUGCUAAACUGCACAAUCAAAAGUAUGAGAGGAAGAGAGGCUACUCUGUUUCCACGCCAAAGGGUACGUCAAGAGCUUCAGAGAACAGGAUCAGUCAGGCAGAAGGUGCCAGAAAGAAGCGAGCAGCUGCAAUAAGUGCUGCUGCUCAGCUGCAGAAACGUGCGAGGAGCUUGUCACUUCCUACUGUGGUGUCUUCUCCUUCCACCCCAACAUCCACUCCAAGUCCUACUGCCAGCCUUACUCAGUCCAUGCCACCAGCCAGCCUUGGCUCCUUGCUAAAGAAGAAGAAAGGUAGUAAUGCGUUUGAUAUCAACAACAUAGUUAUCCCAUACUCCAUGGCGUCUGCAACGAGAGUGGAAAAGCUACAGUAUAAGGAAAUCCCGACUCCUAGCUGGCGUGUGAAUGAUGUGAUAUCUGAAGGUGACGAGAAGAUGGAGGUGGAUCAUGAUCAGGCUGAAAAGGAGGAGACAGAAGAUACAACAGAUGAUAUGUACAUCUCCAGACAUCGCCUCUGUGAGGAGCAAGAACGUAAAAGGUUUCUAGGACUGGUCAAAAAGAAAAGAAAGCGUACCUCGAGACAAAGCAGUGAAAUCAGUUUUUCAGAUCCACAAUCCCCUUCAGGGUACCCAGACAGUCAGGGAGGAACCCCCCCUGGAACUCCUGUAUGUAGCACACCAUUACCGACAUUGACUGGAAACUCUCUCUCACAUUCGAACUCUUUUCCUGCCGCCAUACCUUACCCUCCUGCAUCAUCUUUGUCUCCAUCUGCAACCACCACACCCACGUCGUCACUGCCAUCAUCCAUGGAGAAAUUCCAUCGCUCUUUCUCGGACUCCAAGCUUCCGCAUCGAAGGUCUUCUUCAACCGAGAGGUCUGAAAAAUCUUUGAAUGAAGAAGAUCUCUGGCCACCCGUGCCACCAUGGCCGGAUAGAACAUUUCCUUUGUCCGAAUCGGAUUUCUCUUCGCUCAAACUGCCCACUCCACUUCCGACACCUGCCUCCUCUGUACCUGCUUCUCCUUCGGCUUCAUCACCCGGCAGUCCGAUGUGCUCUCCAUUAGCAAGCCCAGCUUCCGACGCUAGUAGCGAAAAGAAUGAAUGGACUGUCAAGCUUGUCACAGACCAGGGGUCGAGCAGCGACACUGGCGGAGCACCUCGUAAAGGAAUUGUUUUAAAACUAGCAAAAAGAUAAUGGAAAAAAAAAUCUUAGAAGUGGGUUUUAAAAGUAAAUAGAGGUUUUCCAGGCAGUUAGCUUCCUUAUAUGUCAAGAAAGGGCUUUGGUAAAAAAAAAAAAUUGUAUAUAUUUUUGGGUUGCGAAUGCAGUUUGAAAUGUUGGCUGUGUAAAACAGAGAGCCAACUCGUCAAAAGAAAGUUGUGAAAGAAAGCGAAGAGAUUAUUUGAACAAGCGUGCUAUUGUGGGAGAAGUUAAGUUUCGUUGGUCCCCCCCUUUUGUUGCCCUUUCUUGAUUAAGGUGUAGUUUGUUGUCUGUUACUUCCGGAUGGGCGUGUUUAAAGUACAAGUCUUGAUUUCUGACAAUAUAACUAAGAGUGAUCGAAGAACCGAAAAUAGGUAAAAAGAGUGAAGAAAAACAAACAAAAAAAAACCAAAAAGCGAAGUGGGUAAAAGGCAUGUAUCUUGUACGCAAGCAUUCUUUCGCUAAGAGAGAAUUUUUCUUCUCACAAGUCACGUUUGUAUAUAACCUACAUAUUUCCCUCAAAUAAAACACUUGUAUUUUAUGAGUUUUAAAACACUGUGUAUAUUGAUAACAUUGCCAUAGAUUUGUAGAGGUUUGGUUACAACGGAAAUAACAACUUUGUGAAUAAAUUGAUUUAUAUUAGG